AUGCAGGCAGAAGGAAUUCAUACAAAUUAUCUUAUUGAACAAAAGAGAGAGGGUUUGCGUAUUGCUGAUGAAGAUUGGUGGAGACUCUGUAACUUUGAUCUAUCUCUUGUGGCUUAUGAAUGGGCACGGGGAGCAUCCUUCUCUGAGGUCAUGCGUCUGACCACGUUACACGAAGGGUCUGUUGUCAGAGGUCUUUUACGACUGGACGAAUUGUUACGAAAGCUGGGCCAAGCCCUAAAAUUAAUAGGUACUCAUGAUUCUUUAUCUGAAGAUUUACAUCUUUUAUCUAAUUCAAUUAGGAGGGAUAUUGUUUUUGCUACUUCUCUUUAUUUACAAUAA